AUGUGGAGCCAAAAGCUCGGUGGCGGCGCGCUCGCCGUGUCUCUUCUCCAUCAGCAGCGGAGGCACCAGUCCCAAUAUCAGCAGCAGGAUGAAGGCAAAACGGCGCAGCACUCCUGUGUCGAUGAGUCGAAUGGCGAAAGCACAUCAGUGCGGAGCCGGCGAAGUCCGGCCUCAACAUAUACUGGUGUGCGUGUCAAGUCGUACGUUUUAUCCCCCGUCUUUGAGGAGCAUCAUUCACUCUGGCAGUGGCGGACGGUGGUGUGGCGAGAAAAAUUCCACGCCGUGCCUUUUUUUCUUCACUGUGCUCCGGGAGUUCCCUUGCGGCAUCCAUUUCUUCAUCACACACUUGUCGAGCAUAUCACCAGAUCAUCUGCGAAGGGGCGGGUGCGAGCAGCCGAGCCACCCACGCCGAGGCCUGGGGCUGGCGCGAAGCAGCGAUGUGCGCAGCUGCUGGUGCCGUCACCGAUCGGAAUGCUCGCCGCAGCGGCCUCCGGGGCUUCCGACUGUCACCCCACCGCUGAGUGGGUUGAUGGGCUAUUUUGUUUUUUGGAACGGGGCGCGGCGCAGACGGUGGGGACGCCAAGCCCUUCCUACUCCUCCUCCACAUAUACAGACGUCUUCAAGUGCAGCGGCGCGAAACUCCCCUUCCCGGGAGGAGAAAAACCCCCCAUGGACCACGAAGGCGGCGAUACCGUCUCCACGGACCCAUGUGAAAGUAAGGUGGCUGAGAACGUGGUCCAACACCGCACGCACCGCGUUUGGCACGCCAGCGGGAGUGUUCCGUUGGAACAUCGAAACGUCAUCGGUUGUGGUUUGGCUGAAGUGGUGCUGGCCAUUGAUCGUUAUGCGGCGAUGUUGGCGCGGCGUGAAAUCACCUACGCAAAGGCCUGCUGGGCCGUGCUUGUGGACAGCAAAGCCGAUGUGCAGCCGCAUUUACGCUCUAGCGCGGUGGCCAUCGAGGAGGAACUCCUCGCGGCGACGGCGGCACAUGAAGCCAUGACUGCCGCAAUGGGCGAUCCCGUGCGACGGCCACUUCUCAGACUGGCGGAUUACCCUGCCCUCGCCCGCUGGUAG